AUGACCGUCGACCCAGAUAUCGUGGCUAUCUUUGGAGAGGCGCCGGCGGGACUCGACCUAGAUGAGCAAAUCGUGACCUCUUACAACGUUGCGGUAUGCAUCGUUCUGGGCCUUGCGGCCGCAUCAGUCGCGCUUCGCUUUUACGUGCGCUGCGUCAAGGGGUCGAAACUUUGGUACGAUGAUUGGGCAAUCUUUCUCAGCGUUUUCUUAUGCGCAGCGACGACGUUUAUGACCAUCUUGGCCGGGAGCUAUGGCGCCGGAGAACACAUCUGGUCGAGCAACAUCUCGCGUUUCGUGACACUAUUGAAGAUCGUGUAUGCCGAGCCCUACGUGUACGCAACCGCCGUCACUUCGACAAAAGUUAGCAUCCUUCUUCUCUACCGUCGCCUUUUUCAUUCCAAGACUGGCCUAGGUCAGCUAUACUCGAUAAUGUUCUGGACCGCGACCUUCCUUACCAGUACAUAUCCAUUCAUACUUUGGAUUACCAUGGCCUGUGCCUGUCGUCCGGUUUCAUUCUACUGGACUCAAUAUCUGGGGGAGAAGGGAAGCUGCAUCAAUGUCAGCUUGUUCUUCCUUCUUCUAGGCAUCGUCAACAUGUUCAACGACAUCGUCAUAUUGCUGGUACCCGUGCCUCGUAUCUGGGGACUGCAUAUGAACAAGCGGACUAAGACUUCCAUUAUUGGUAUCAUGCUUCUGGGCGGCUUUGUUUGCGUUGCAAGUGUCGUGCGUAUUUACUACCUCAAUGGCUUGUUCCAGAACAUCGACGUCACAUGGUGGAUGGGUCCCUCCUUUGCCUGGUCUAGCCUUGAGCCUUCCGUCGCCAUCAUCUCCGCUUGCUUACCAACAUUCGCCCCAUUAUUCCGCAUGGGUCGGAACAAGUCCUCAAAGAGUCCAUCCUAUCCGUACGCAGGAGAGCGUAGCGAUGGUAUCUCAGGUAACGGGGGGCAACGCAGCCGCAAUGCUCACGGCAGUCAGCUUGCAAGAGCAAGUGUGGGUGGCUUUGGUCUGAGCCGAAGCCCAGCGGGACAUACAAGGCUUGAGGAUGAUGAGGUCGAGCUGACUUGCAAGGUGACUUCUGGGGAUACGGUCUCGAGUCAUGGUGCUGAGAGCAAAGGUAGCUCUGACUAUGAGCGAUGGAUUGUCGUCAGGACUCAGGUAUCUGUAGUUUCACAGAAACAAAAAGACAAACUCCACGAGAAAUAG